GAUCAAUGAUGCACUUUUGUAUAUGCUUGAAGCUGGGACACUGAUGCCAUACCUUGCUCAGAUAUGGCCAUACGUGCCUUCCCUGACAGCUCUCCUCCUGGAGGGCAGUCGCGAUGCGGCCACCUGUAGUUAGGAUGUUUCGGCAGAUCAUCCAGCUCGUAGCAUUGACUCUCUGUAUCUGGCUACAUAGUGCUUGCUUGCAUACUUACAAGAUAGAUGGCUAUGUACAACAUGCUUAGCGUCGACUCCCUUCUCAGCAGGGAUCAACUCAAAGAUGAAGGAAGCGCCUUUCUAGUACCCUUCUCAAAUCAUGACAUUUCGGAAGAAUCCGCCUAUGAGUUUGAUGCGCCUGAUGCAGAGUAUAUCCAUGACUCAGUGACUGAAAAGCGCCGCCAUGCCGUAUACUAUCACCGGCCUCCCGUCUGGUGUCCUUCACGGCAGUCAAGAACAUCGAGUUUCUCUGGAAGCACCAGCAGCUGGGGUACAAAGGAAACGUGCAGUGAUCAAGCAGCUGAUGAUAGUGAGAUGCCGGAUGCACAUUCCUGCAUCGCUGAUGGCUGUGACGCUACCGCUGCAUUGGCAGAUGGGGUAUCUGGCACAGAAACCAACCAGUCGCAGUCUGAUCAGGAGACCAUUAUCCUUCAUGACUGGCCCGCUCGUGACAGGCCACAGACAUGGCAACAAUUGGGUACCGUGAGGAAAUACACUCUGUCAGAUUGGCGAGCCUCCGUAAAACCUUAUCCGAGCCGGGUGCUAUUGCAGAGCUCCGUCUGUCACAAAGGGAAAGGCAGUCCUGCACGAUUGCAAGCAUACAAGGACAUACGUCUAGGGUUGGAUGAGGAGCAGUCCAUCCACGAAGGAUCCCUUGUGAUUUGUGUUGAUCCUGCAUACACCUUGUCCGAUCAUGAUAAACCACGCUCUGAUGAGUUCGAUCUGGUUAGCGGGCAUAUAUUUGUUGUCUGCCGACUGUAUUCCGAUUUAUGGGCUCUCUGUGCCAGUGCUUCGCCGCCUCAGCCGGAGAAGGUCUCCGGUGAGUCAAUAUCAACUGAGCCUAUGCGACUAGCAUUCUUGCCACUGUGUGCAGUGACGCUAGCCGCAAAUUUUAGCGCAUUCAAUCAGAGAUGCAUCAAUUAUGCUCAUGAUAAGUCAGACGAGCCUAGGUAUCCUGGAAAUGGGCUCCCGGUUAUGCCUCCUCCACGGACUUCUAGCCUCAGCGAUGGCAAGCAGAUCUCCCGCGGAAACAGACGCCACAUCGCCUUUCCAGAGGUGGUCUACGAUACUUUCAACCGCGUCCCUUUCGAACGUCGCGAUUCAGAUUUUGUCCCAGCAGACUCUUCUCUGGAGAAUGUGCUUUCUAACCUGACCGACCGAGGAAGUCGUCGACUCCAGCGUUUAGGCAACCCGAACCUCUACACCACCUUCGCCCUCACCACUCUUCUCAUCCGUAUUCUCGGCACCCUCAUCUACUACCUCCCCCGCUUCACGCGGCCCCAUGAAGCAUGGACCUACCGCCAAGUCAUCGGGGUAAGGCUCUACUCCCUAGGGUUGAACUUCCUAACAGCAAUUGAAUACCGCGCCCCCAAAAUCCUUACCCCAGGCCGUGAAGGCAACCGCUUCAUAAUCAUCAGCCCACCAGACACCGCCAUGUCCAACCAACUAGCACUCCAUUACUCCCGCAGCAGCAUCCUCACCAGCGUCCCAUCCAUCCGUCCCGUCCCUAUCGGCGCAGUAUGGCACCCUGCCCUCCCCUCUUCCAAACCAGCUCGAGUAGUCCUUCACUUCCACGGCGGCGCGUACGUCGUCGGCGGUGUCCGCCUCAACAUAAAGGGCGGGAGCCCUAGUAUACCCAGCGAUGUGAUGAAAUCUCACGUCAUGCUGCCGCAGUAUCGCCUCUCCAUGGAAGAAAAUGCCUCGUUUCCUGCUGCCCUGAAAGAUGGGAUCACGGCUUACGUGUACUUUCUCGAGAAUCUGGGUUUAGAGCCUCAGAAUAUAAUCCUGUCCGGUGAUUUGGCGGGCGGGAAUCUUGUCCUCUCCAUGAUUAGAUAUUUGGUCGAGGAGAAGGAAGAAGGGACGGAGGCAUGA